CCUAAGCUGCCACCUUCUUCGCUAGCGUCAUGGCCACCCAGAUCUGCACCCCGACCUUCUCCACCGGGUCUGCCAGGGGCCUCUGUGGCACCACCAGCAGCUUCUCUCGGAUGUCUUCCAUCCAUUCCAUGGGCUCCUGCAGGGCCCCUAGUUUGGUUGGCACUGUGGGGCCCAUGUCCUCUUUCAGGACAGGCUUCUCCGGCCUUGGGGGCUGCUUGCCGGGCCCCUAUCUGUCCUCUGGGUGCCACUCCUCUGGCUUCGCCGGCAGCGGGGGCUGGUUCUGCGAGGGCAGCUUCAAUGGCAACGAGAAGGCGACCAUGCAGGUCUUGAACGACCGACUGGCCAACUAUCUGGAGAAGGUGCGGCAGCUGGAGCAGGACAAUGCGCAGCUGGAGUGCCGCAUCCGGGAAUGGUACGAGUGUCAGGUCCCAUACAUCUGCCCGGACUACCAGUCCUACUUUAAGACCGCCGAAGACUUGCAGCAGAAGAUCUUACUGACCAAGUCUGAGAACGCCAGGCUUGUGUUGCAAAUUGACAAUGCCAAGCUGGCUGCUGAUGACUUCCGGACCAAGUAUGAGACGGAGCUGUCCCUGCGGCAGCUGGUGGAGGCGGACAUCAAUGGCCUGCGCCGGAUCUUGGAUGAGCUGACCCUGUGUAGGGCUGACCUGGAAGCUCAGGUGGAGUCUCUGAAGGAGGAGCUGCUGUGUCUCAAGAAGAACCAUGAAGAGGAAGUCAACACACUCCGUUCCCAGCUUGGGGACCGACUGAACGUGGAGGUGGAUGCUGCCCCUCCAGUGGAUCUCAACAAGAUACUGGAUGACAUGAGAUGCCAGUAUGAGACCCUGGUGGAGAAUAACCGCCGAGAUGUGGAGGCUUGGUUCAACACUCAGACCGAGGAGCUGAACCAGCAGGUGCUGUCCAGCUCCGAGCAGCUGCAGUGUUGCCAGACAGAGAUCAUCGAGCUGAGACGCACAGUCAACGCCCUGGAGAUCGAGCUGCAGGCCCAGCAGAGCAUGCGGAAUUCUCUGGAAUCUACCCUGGCCGAGACAGAGGCCCGCUAUGGCUCCCAGCUGGCUCAGAUGCAGUGUCUGAUCACCAACGUGGAGUCCCAGCUGGCUGAGAUUCGCUGUGACCUGGAGCGGCAGAACCAUGAGUAUCAGGUGUUAUUGGAUGUCAAGGCCCGGCUGGAGUCAGAGAUUGCCACCUACCGCUGUUUGCUGGAGGGCGAGGACUGCAAGCUUCCUGCCCACCCUUGUUCCACGGAAUGCAAGCCUGUUGUAAGAGUUCCUUACACCCCUUCUACACCCUGCACCCCGGCUGGACCCUGCACCCCGGCUCCUCAGGUCAGCACCCAGAUCCGUACCAUCACCGAGGAGAUCAGAGAUGGAAGAGUUGUCUCCUCCAGGGAGCACGUGGUGCCCCGUGCACUGUGACCAGCCACAAGUGAGGCCUAGGCCACAGGAAGGAGGACGCCUUGUGGCUUUUGGCAGCUAAAUGAUUUUGCACCUCCCUAGGGCCCUCCUUGCUUAGCAGGUUUUUCUACUAAAAUUCAUCUAUUGUUUCUGGUCUUAACUGUGCUUUUUACGCCAUGCAAACCAGGUUCCCCUGGAAACAUACCCAAUAAAGUGUUCUCUUGGCAUAGCAAA